UCAAUAGUAAUCAACUAGUUGCAUAAAUGUUGAAAUUCUUGAGAAGUAAAAUCCAUCUCCAAAAUCCCAAACUUUACAUUCCCAUUUCCCAUGUUCACAGCAAAACCACCUCAAAAUACACCCCACUUUCCAACCCAGCAAUUGAUUUCAUCCUAAAUGAAGCAGCUCAAGACAUUAAACCCUUAAAACCCUCCUGUCCAAACCCUCCAAACCCACAAAAAACUCUAGUAGAAAAUGAAGAAAAAAAGGCCCCUUUUAAUAGUACGGUUCAAAUAUCUCAUCCCUGGCCUGAAUGGGUGGAGCUGAUGGAUAAGUUGCUGAAAGGUGGAUAUUUUGAUCAAAUUGGACACCCUUUUGGUAGAAAUGAAAUGGGCUCGAAGUUUUUUAAUCAGAUUAGGACUGCUUGCUUGAAUUAUGCCCGCGACCGGUUUGAUCUUAUAAGGUUUUUGUCCCAGAAAGAUAUUCAGAUUGUUGCUGGAUCUGGAUGUCCUACCUUGGACAGAAAAGUUGUGAACUCAGGAAAGCGACUAAGAGCACAUGUGGGAACUGAUGAAGGAAAUGUUUGCAGCUCCUGUGUUUUGAGGGGAAAUUGUGAGAGGGCUUUUGUAAAGGCACGUGAGGAUGAAGGGGGCAGGACUGUCGACGUCAUGCGCUUCUUGUUGACAUACGGACUCGAUGCUAUAAUUGGUACUGUAGAGAAUGAGCCUUGCCUAAACAAGAAGGUCAAGGAGUCGGUCAGAAAAUUGCUGAAAGAAAUCACAGAGUUCAGCUCUGAGGAAACUGAUACUGAGCAGUCUACAGCUUCAACUUCUGGAUGGAUUUCAUCUACUCAAGGAAUCUCAGCUCACCAGGGGCAAGAUCAAGUUAAUGUAAUAAUGAAACCCGGCGAUUGGAAAUGCCCCAAAUGCAACUUCCUAAACUUUUCUAGAAAUAUUAAGUGCUUGCGUUGUGAGGGAUUAUUCCAAGAAAGACUACAGAAACUUGGCGAGGACGAAGAUCAUCUUCCACUAAAGAAAGGAGACUGGAUAUGUGAGAAGUGCAAUUUUUUGAAUUUUGCAAAAAAUACAAGGUGUUUACAAUGUAAAGAGAAGCCAUCAGGUCGACAACUCAUUCCUGGGGAGUGGGAAUGUGAAUCGUGUAACUACAUAAAUUUUAGAAGAAAUAUGGUAUGCUUAAAAUGCGAUCAUAAAAGACCGAAAGCGUCGAAUUCUUCAUCCUUACCAUCUCCAUCUGCCAGUGACCAUAUGCCAUAUCGUCGUACACGCCCUUAUUUUGGGCAAGAGAAGCAAUGUGGAGAUGAAGAAAGUGAUGUAAUAAAAUUUGUUGAAACUGAAGGCCAACAUAGAUCAAACUCACUAGAUGAGGCUCCAGGAUUUGUUGACUUUCCUUUGGUGUGUGGUAAGAGUGACUUGUCCCAGAAUGUUCAGAAGCAAGAGAGAUGGAGAAAGGAAAUGGCUGAGCAGAGCAGAAGUGCUGCAAAGGCAAAGGAAAAUGCUGGUGUUUUCAAAUCUUCCAUCACCCGGGACAGUAGAGAGUUGCUUCAGUUGGAUGACGAUGAAGAGAUGGCUGAGUGGUUUGGACGCAGAAGAGACAACUGAGCAAAACAAUGAAGACUUUGUACUGGAAAGUGAAAGAGAUUUCAGUCUGAAAUCAUAUGCGCGGACAGGGAUCAACCAAAGACAUAACUGACAACUGCAACGUACACUUGGCCUAGACAUUUCCUACUGUUGGUUUGAGUGAUCUAGUCUAUAUAAGAAAGUGAAUCUAGAGCACGCAAUCAACAAAUGCCUAUAUGCAUGAUCCUUUAUGUAGAGAUGGUUGGAGGUGUAUUAUUACCUUGCACUCUAUUAGCUGAUGUCUCAUUACUCACAAAAAUGGGACAAUCUAACAUGAUUGGGUUGGAUCAAUCUUCAUUAGAUGUAUGUGGAGUGCAAGAAACUUCAUGUGGCAUUGAUAAAUGCCUUAAGAAAAGAAACAUAGCGACCUGUGAGCAUGCACAAGAAAAAGAACAUUAUACCUGUUAACUUUUUUCCAUCUCAGUAACUUGGAUCAGCAGUUACAGUUU